AUGCAGUACGACUUUACGUGGCUCGUGAUGCGGUUGACGCCGGCCGAGAAGCGUGCCACGUUGGCCAGCGAGCUGGCUUACUUCUUCCCGCCGCAGCAGGCCCUCUCCUUCCUUUUCUUCUCUGCUGAGCGCGAGAAGCCGCGUCUGCGAUCCACGGCGCCUUCGGUGGUGUUUGCGUCUUCGUGGCUGCGUAUUCGAUGCCGACCGAUGUUGCAGCAUGCCCUGCGGUCGAUGCUGACCGAUCGCUCCUGGCUUCAGCACAACUCCUACGACACCUCGCUGAGCGACGUGCGACAAUCGCGCCAAAGUGGGCUCAAUCUGAGGAAGGUUUGCGCCACAUUCUUCGACGCCGUGUUCAAGUCAGCGGACCGCUAUCCACUAUGCUGUGCGACCGCUCAACGAGUGCGACUGACGGCCAACAUUGAAUUGGGUCCACCGGUCGGCGACAGGGAGUGCCGGUUGUACUUGCGGAACGUGCUCAGCAGGACGGGGCAGUACUACUGCAAGAAGCGAGAGAAAAAGGAGCGGAAGCAAGAAGCAAAGCGCGAGAGGGAAGUCCAGCGCGCGGAGAAGAUACGAUUGUACUCUGCACAGGCCGCUGCCAAGAAGCUCAACGGCUCGAGCAGCGGCGGAGCUAUGGGCGACGGCUCAGGGAUCUACUACUGCGGCACUGCCGGUGAGGAGCUCAUAGGGGUGGUGCUCAGCGAUGAGGACGAGCGAGAGGCGUCACUCAAUGCUUCCGUCGGUGAUGCGUGCGUGGACGCCAGCAAGGACGACGACGACGAAGAUGAAGAAGAGAAGUCCGACAACCGGGAGGAGGACAAGGUCCACAACAUGCUGCCCAUCAUCUCGCAUCUCGGAUUCAAGCGGGUGUGGAACGCCUUCACGACGCCCGAGGAUUUCGAGCUGCUGCCUUACGGAUCGCUUGAUGGCUCUGCACACGACAAGCUGCGAUGCAUCUUCUCCGCCAUGGAGACGCUGGUGGGACAGUUUUACGCAGCCUCACCGGAGUACCCGGCGUGGGCAGACAAGGAGUGGGUGGACAGCUUGAAGCAGGACUACACCAAAUACCUGCUCACCAUAUCGAGCGCCGGACACAACGAGUUGGACAAUGUGGAAAGCUUGCUGCAGAAGCGUACGGAUCGACUCUUCGAGGCGGGGCGAGCGAUGGAACAGCUCGACAAGUACAUCUUCUCCUGUCUCAUGAAUAAGCAGCUACACAUCAAACUACGCGGUCCACGCAAGUUCAAGUGCAUGCGCAAGCGGUUGUGGGACCUCUAUGGCGGCGUGCAGGCGAGCAUCAAAGUGCUGAGCAUGCAGUGUCCAUCGAAGCUGCGACCUUUCAAGGCCGACUUUGUGGAGCUGAAGACAGCACCACACUGCAUAUCCAUGGUCGGUCAAGACACCGUUCUCUUCACCGAUGAGAAGGAAGUAACAGGUCUGGAAUGGAAGAAUCGCAUGUACCCUCUGCACGGUGACGUCAAGCAUCUCAUCUUCACCUUCCUCUUCAUGCGCAAGGAGGAAGGCACUCCUGUUCUCAAGGCCAAGGCGCAUUUCCGGCUCGAGAGGCGGCGCAUACUCAAAGAGAAGCGGGAGACGCUGGAGGUGAGCCUUCAGCUGCUGUGCGAAGACAGGGACGAGCUGCGCGACAAGAAGCUCGGUGGCAUGCUCAGGAACAUGUUGAGCGGCGGGUUCCAGCGGCCGCGGCGGCUCACCGACCAGGAACGCGUGGGCGAACUGCGGGUCGAGCUCCACUACGACCGCAAGUUCGUGGGCCGACGGGAGCGCUGCUGGGGCACCGACGACAACGCCCCCAACCCCGACGAGGAGUCUGAACAGCCUGUGCCCCACGGUAUCUUCCCACCCUUUGUCAUCCUAUAA